AUGGAUCCUAAUUAAUUAGGAAAUUAGUCAAUCAUAUAUAUUUAAACUAGCCAAGCUUUUGCCAAUCAGCUAUACUUCAGAUUUUCCCUAAUUGUAAAUCUGGCAUAUAACAUAAAUGCCAAGAUUCAACAAGGUUUGAUGACGGAAUCUGAAUUGAAUUUGAUUUCAUUAAAAUCUGAACUAGUUAUCAUUAGAAGUACUGUGAAAUUUACUAACCUUCUCAUUAAGAGUAAUAAUCAUAUUUUAUUCCCAUUUUUAUUAAAAUUGCUUCUAGAUGAUAUUAGUAAAAGUAAUGAGGAGAAACGAUUUCUAUUCCUGAUCUUGAAUUCAACAAUAGUUACAGAUUACAUCAACGAAGGAAUCAUACUUUUGUCUGAUUGUAGCUAAAGAUAAAUUAAUUCUUAUGAGGGAGAGAUUGAAUUUUCAGGUUUAAGAGUAGUCGGGUAAAGAUACCUAAUUAUGCAGCAGCCAUUGAUCUAUAUAUAGACCCUUAAUAAUGUCACAAUAGACAAUUCUGAAUUAAGAUCAUUCUCUUCAAUCAAUGAUGCUAACAAGUAACAGCUAUUGAUUGAAUCAACGAGAUUGUGCCCAUUUAAUGCCGAUUAAAAAGUCAAGAAAACAUAGCUCACUAAUAGUUACAUAUCAUCUGAUGCUAUCAAUGGGAAGGACCAAUCUUAAAUAUAGUAUAGCAUUAGCUGCAGAUAAAGUUCAGACCUUAACAAGCGGAUCUAGUAGUGCAUUAUUGAGAAUUUGACUUUUGAAAAUCUUUAUUCUGGUGUCACUUUGCUAUCUUUAUCUCAAGGGUCAUCAGACUUAACAAUGCGAAACAUCACUCAAAACAAUGUAUCACUUGGUCCGAUUUAAGCAUUUCAUUUCUUUAUUACAGGAUCUAACGCAUUCACAUUGUGA